CCGAACUGCUCCACUCUGUUAAUUAAACGCUAAUUGCGCCAGGUGUUGAGGGAUUGUAUUUGCUUUUCGUGUUGUUGUCUUUGUAUUAUUUCGCUUCUCCUCGCAUUUUUAAUAACACAUUUGUGAGCAUGUGUAAAACGUGUUUAUUUAUUUUUAUACUCUCUCUUCAUUGGACCAAAGCUGACCCUGAUGCUGAAGAGAAUCCUAAUGUGAACGCUUCAGCUGAGACAAACUGCAUUUUUGGCAAUGGAUGUUAUGACCAGGCUGGCAUACGUGCGUUUAUCCCAGAGAAGGAUGAGGAGGAGAGCCGGAUUAUAGGUGGGCAGGAGGCAUGGGCGCAUUCAUGGCCGUGGCAGGUUUCCCUGCAGUACUCAGGUAUGCCAGCCUGCGGGGGUGCCAUCCUCGACCUGCAGUGGGUUAUUACCGCCUGCCACUGCUUCAAACGUUAUAAAAAGGCGUCACUGUGGAACGCCGUGGUUGGAAUGCACAAUUUGGAGAAUAUGAAUGAAUCCUGCCAUCAAACCGUAGAGGUGGAAAAAAUCAUCUCCCACAAGGACUACAACCAAAAGACAAACGAGAAUGAUAUUGCCUUGGUGAAACUGCAGAAUCCCCUGCUGUUUAAUGAGUGUGUGAGGCCUGUUGCCAUCUUAAACAGUGAUUUGCCCCCUCAGGAAACCUGUACUGUCACCGGCUGGGGCGCCAUCAGAGAGAAUGGGCCUCGCGCCUCCGGACUUCAAGAGGUCAAUGUAACUGUUUUUGAGCCGCAAGCAUGUAACAAAUAUUACAGAGGGAAAGUGCUUGAGAAUAUGAUGUGUGCCGGAGCGGAUGCCGGUGGAAUGGAUGCAUGUCAGCCUUUUCUUUUCAUGUCUCUUUGGACAGGUUUGUAUGGAGACGAGGGUAUUCUCCCUGUGCGCCUGCAGAUGCCAAAAGUGCAGCGGCCCCUGCUGGAGCAGGAGUCCCUUCUGGGUCUGGGGCCGUCUCUGGGACUGGCGCCCCAGCAGGUCCUGGAGCUCACGUGCCUGGUUGGAGUGGCGCUGGCCCUGUGCGCCGUGCUGCUGGAGCCCCUGAGAGACAGUCUGAUCUACUUCUGCCUGCGGGUCCUCUACCUCUCACUCUAUAAUGUCGGUGGAGACUUCCUCCACUCUGAAUGGGACGUGCUGCUGUUGGAGGCCGGGCUUCUGGCUGUGCUUGUAGCUCCGCUGGGUUUACUGCGGCGUCACUCCUCUUACCGUCAUCAUGACCCCGUGAGCUUCUGGUUGACCCGCUGGCUGUUCUUCCGGCUGACCUUCUGCACAGGUGUGAGUAAGCUGGCCAGCGGCGACCCUGCGUGGUAUGACCUCUCAGCACUGAGUCAUCAUUUGGAGAACCAGAUGAACCCCACUCCUUUGGCCUGGUAUGUCCAUCAGCUUCCUGAUUGGCUGCUGAGAUUCGGAGCAGUGGUUGUGUUGCAGAGCGAGAUCAUCGUUCCUCUUGUGACGUUCUUUGCUCCCAUUCGCCGUUUGAGACUGUUUGGCUUUUAUGUUCAGCUGUUUCUCCAGCUCUGCUACAUCCUCACGGGUAACUGCAGCCUUCUGAACCUGCUGAGCAUCACCCUGUGCUUCUCACUACUGGAUGAUGAUCAUUUCAACUCCAAUACUGGUCCAAAGAAGAAGAAGGGCCAGGAAAAAAAGCCUGGAAGCUGCGGACAGACCUUGGUCUCUUAUUUGAUGCUGCUGGUAGAGUUGGCUGUCUACCUGUUCAUCCUCUACUGUUUUAUUAGUCUCUUUAAACUACAGAUUAACUGGGAAGAAAAAACUCUGUCAUCUAAAACAAAUUUCACUCAAACGGGAUUUCAUGCGUUUCUGGAGGUCUUUCAGGAGCUCACUCUCUGGAUUGGUGUCCUGUCGUUCACCUGGGAAGCAGUGUCUGCCAUGCUAACUUGCGUGUGCACACGAGGUAUUGUCAGCAAGCUCUGGUCUCUCAUUCAGUGGGCGCUCAUCACGGCAGCUGCUGCGGCCGUCUUUGCCCUCAGUGUGGUUCCAUACACAUCCAUGGCUGGCAUGUCAGUCAGUAAAGUAUUACCUGCAGUGCGAGACGCGUACAGCGCCGUAGAGAGGUACCAGCUGGUCGGGGCUUACGGCAUCCAGCACAGAAUGACCUCUGCUGAGGGCAGGCCUGAGAUCAUUUUAGAGGGCAGCUAUGAUGGGCUGACAUGGACGGAAAUGAACCCUAUGUAUAAACCAGGAAAUGUGAAUGCAGUCCCACCCAUAGUAGGCCCUCACCAGCCCCGGCUGGAGUGGCUGAUGUGGCAGACAGCUCAAGGGGGCGAUGAUACAAGCCCCUGGUUUACAGGCCUCUUACAGCGCCUCCUACAGGGCAAACCAGAGGUGAUUGGUCUGCUUCAGGUGGAUGAAGCGCAGUACCCCUUCAGUCAGAAAGCACCGGUCUUUAUCAAAGCCAAGCUUUAUAACUACCACUUCACAGAUCCUACGAAAGACAAGACCCAUCUGCAGGCUUGGUGGAGGCGGCAGUACAAAAGGGAGUUUUUUCCCAUUGUGAACCUCGAUGACCCGACGCUCAAGAAACUCUUAGAGGAGGCUGGACUGAAGGGGAAAUUCCCAGCUCAGACCGGCUCUGACACACCUGUAUCCCAAGCUCUGAGCCUCAUUCGAGACCACGUCAAAGGCCUCUCGGGGUCCCUCCUGCUUUCAACACUGUUAGCUACUUUAGCCGGCAUCUUCCUCCUCAAAGCCGUCUUCUCCUGGGUCUUAGGGGGCCCAAAACCUAGACCAGCUUCAGCUGAUCACAAGACUAGGAAACCCAAAGAGCCCUCUGAGACGGCCGAGAAAAGCCAAGCGGCAGCUCCGUCCAACCGGGGCGGCAAGAAGGACUCCAAUGAAAAAAAGGACUCGGACAGGAGCCCCCGAAAGAGGAAAUGAGCUCUUGCUGUCACUUUGUGCCUUUGUCUUUGGCCAUUGCAAUGACAAAUGAUUCUCUCUCAGGUGUAUAUAUUUUUUUUUCUAAGAUCAAAUCUUUGAUUUCCUGCCUGUCACACACCUCAGAUUUGCGUGUUACCACUACACCGUUUUAUGUCUUUGUGUCAAAACCACUCAGUCAAACGCACAGUACUUUAUGUAAUUGGCUUUGAAUGUUAACAGAGUCCAUUUUUAAGCUGUCACCUGCUACACCCUUCUUUAUACACAGUGGACGUCCCAAAGAUUAAAACGAAAGCACAAAUGCAUUUUUUUUCAUGCCAUUUAACUCAUUAAAUGGUUGUUGAUUU